UUAAUUAAAAAAUAUUUUAAUAAUUAAUUAAGGAAAAUUAGAAUAAGGGAAAAGAUAUGAGGCAGACGGAGGGGAGAGGUAUUAAUUGGAACACGAGACUCCGCCUGAAGAAAAGCCAACCCCACGCGAAGAAGAAGAGGAAGCAAAACCAACAAAUACAAAAGUAAGAAAGAAGGAGCAGAAUAAGCUGUCUCUCUCUUGGACUGAUUCUUUCCAAUCGCAUCUCUCUCUCUCUCUCUCUCUCUCCCUUUCCUGUUCUACCUAUAUAUCAAACAGAGGAAACAAACGAAGCAAAAAAAGAAGCAUAUCAAGCAAGGCAAAGGCAAAGGCAAAAAGUGGGUGAAAAACCAAAACCUAAGGGGCAAAAAAAAGAAACAAGGAAAUGAGAAGAUGGGUGAUUUGGGAUGUGCUCUACCAGCUUGUUCUUGAACUUAUAAUUCAUUCUUGAUUGCUUGAUUCAUUCCCUUAUCUUCUUUUCUCUUUGUCUUCUUCAAAGUUCAUUGCUUUCCCUUCACAUUGCUGUAUUAAUGGCCGUUCAAGCUCAAUACCCUUCAAAUGUCCUCCUUUUAAACAGAAGUGGACAAGAGGGGCAUGAGUUUUCAUUGCAGCAACAAGCAGGAGGAGUUUUUCUUGAUCAAUCCCAAAUGUUCUUCAACAAUGGAAGCAACUAUACCAAUAAUAACAAUAAUAAUAAUAAUCCAAGGAAAAGAGGAAAAGAAGUUGCAGCAGAGGCAGCAAUAACAGCACCAAUCAAUUCAUUUUCUUUGCAAACGCAACCGCCACAGCUGAUAGACCUUUCUCAACUCCACCAACCAAAUGUAGUCUCCACCGGCCUCCGCUUAUCUUUUGGCGACCAACAACAAAACUUACCGCAAAAUCAAAAUCAAAGUUAUCAACAUCAACAACACCACCACCUCCAACAGCAGAAUCUUGUUUCCAACUCCUCUGCUUUUUUGUCGAUAGUAUCUGAUGAUUUGGGUACCCAAAUCAAACGCCAGAGAGAAGAAUUAGACCAAUUUCUUCAAGCCCAGGGGGAGGAAUUACGGCGUACGUUAGCAGAGAAAAGGCAUAGGCACUACCGUGCACUACUGGGGGCAGCGGAGGAAUCGGUGGCGAGGAGGUUAAGAGAGAAAGAAGCGGAAGUGGAGAAAGCAACGCGUCGAAACGCGGAGUUGGAGGCACGCGCAGCGCAACUUAGCGUGGAGGCGCAGGUUUGGCAGGCGAAAGCCAGGGCACAGGAGGCAACGGCGGCUUCAUUACAAGCGCAGCUCCAACAGGCUAUAAUGAGCGGAGGCGCUGCCGUGACGCAGGAUAGCAGGAGAGGGGAGAAGGGGCUAAAGUGCCCAGGGGGAGUGGAGGGCCAGGCUGAAGACGCCGAGUCGGCUUACGUGGACCCGGAGCGGGUGAUCGCUUUGGGACCGGCUUGCAAGGCGUGUAGGACACGUGUCUCAUCGGUGGUGCUUCUGCCGUGUCGGCAUCUUUGCUUGUGUACGGAGUGUGAUCGAGUGGCGCAAGCCUGCCCUCUUUGCCUCACCGUCAGGAAUUCAAGCGUUGAGGUUUUUCUUUCUUGAAUUAAAAAAAAAAAAAAAA